AUGCCAGCUCCUGCGGCUAAGUUGCCGAGCCGGCCAAAUGGGGGCUUCAGCAGCGCGUCUUCCUCUUCUGACAGCAACGGGAAGAAGGGAUGCUGGGGGCUUUGGCGCAGACUGCUACAGGGGGCGAUAGCUCACGUGGAAAAUACACCCGCCGUGGUGGCGGCAAAGACGCAGCGGAAACCGUGUGGAGUUGGGCGUUAUUUCGUGCUGGUGACGUAUGUUAUUUAUGCAUUUUUGACUGCUCGUGUCUACUUCGCUUGGCCAAACCUUUCAAAUUUGCUCUUCAGAGCAAACGCGUAUUCGUGGCUGUGUGACCAGUACCUGGCAGAAGGGAAACCGGAUAUGAGGGAGCCAGUACAUGGGGGAAAGCGGUACAUAUGCGAGGACCAAAACUCAGCAGUUGGAAAUAUAUUUGUAACUUGUUUGGCCUUUGCCUUUUCAUUCUCUCUUGCUGCUGGCCUCCUGCUUGAUUACCUGGGGCCGCGUAUAACAGCUGCAAUAGGCCAGCUCAUGAACGCACUCGCCUGGGUAUUACUUGCCUUCGGGUCCGAGUCAGUACAAACUUACAUUGCCGCAUUCAUAUUUAUGGGUAUAGGAUCAGACAUAGGGUAUUUGCCGCUCCUGUCUUCGGCCAACCUCUUCCCUGGACAUGAGGGGCUGAUCGUCGCCAUACUCGGAGCGUCCAAGAGCGCCAGUUUUGCGGUGCCUACAAUCUUAGAUAAGAUAGAGGUGGCCAAUCCGGGUAUAGGUCUGAAGGAAGUUUGCCUAGGAUACGCUCUUGUGGGGCCAGGUUUGUGCUUCGUCGUGUCCCUAUUCUUGAUCCCCUAUAAACACUUCAAACCCUGGAACGAAUUUACGGAGAUCGAAAAGGGGGGUGAUUAUCACCAUCCUAUUCAGAGGGUCAACGAUUCGUUCGCUUCCAUAGAAGCCCAUGCAUGGCGCGACAGUUUCAGCAGCUUUCAUGAAGGUCAGUGGCCGCUGUAUGCACACGACGGGCAUUCCGGGGCCACUGCUUCCGAACCAGGUCGCAGGAGCAAAAAUUUUCUAGAUGUACCUCGGCAGGGAGCUGGCAAAGGACAGGGAAAGAAGACCAGGUCUGAAUGUGGCGGAGCAGAUGAGGAGAGGAAAACUCAGGAUGACAAGCAAAAUAAAGGUGGGGUCAGCCCGCCUAUCGCCGACCAGACGGAAGAGGUUCCUGCUAUUUACCAAGCAACGCGAAUGAGCGUUGCAACGGGAGGUGCAGGAAACGCAGAGACACUGGACCAGCUAGCUGCAGCAAAAGAAGAGAAGCCCGCUUCCUUCCUUAAACAAUUCACAUCGCCAUAUGCCAUAUGUAUUGUGCUUUAUUCCAUCAUUAAGGCCAUUAUAUAUGCAUUUUUCACCACAACAGCUGAAAACCUACUAGGAAAAGAGGUCAACGACUUCAUGGGAGCUGCAUUGCCCUUCUCCCUCUUCCCAUGCAUUGUAAUAGGCAAGGUCGUGGACAUGGUUGGCAUCAUGCCCAUUUUGUUCUUCCUGAAUACCUGCAUAACCCUGGCGUAUGGGUUCAGCAUGGUUCCAGCGCUGCCUACGGCAUACCUUUCAGCUCUCCUUUAUAUUUGCUACGUCUCUUUUUACAGCUCACAGAGCUACUGUUUCGUGUCCGAUACAUUCUCGUCCUCCCACUUCGGAAAGAUUGUGGGGACAAUUCACUUGAUAGCCGGCUUCCUUUCCUUGUUGAAAAUCCCCAUGCAGAAGCUCGUUGUGGAAGUUUUCCACUCUGUGUACUACUACCCUUGUCUGAUUAUUUUGGUGCUAUGCGGCAUCAACUACCUCGUGUUACUGCUGCUGUUGUGUAAGAAACGCGCGGAUCCACAUCCCUUCUGGCCGCAGGCAGCUCGGGACAUGGCCAAACAGGAAGCAGAGGAGAAGAGGCGGGCAGCGCAGGAGAAGAAGGAGAAGGCGAAGGCCAAAAAAGAGCAGAAAGACCGUCCGGAGUUGAGAAACCAGGAGACUGACGUCUGA